AGCGCCGCCUGCAGUUCCGAGCUAGCGCGUGGGGCUGACGGGGGUCUCGGGUCCCGCCCGCGUGCCCGGUGUUCCUCCGCGGGUCCCCGCCCUCGCAGGUCCGCCUCUUCUGCGACUCAGACGCGGCUCCGACGGCGUCUGGCCUCCCCCUCUUCGGGCUCCUCGGCUCCGCCCGCCGCGCGAGUCGCCCCGCGGCUCUUCGCUUGGUGUCCGCGGGCCGUGCGGGGGCGGCGCCGGCGGGGGCGCCUCACCCCGGGCCGGCGGCGGUAAUGCUGUUGCGGUUGCCGCCCUUGCGGCCGGGCGGACAGCUGGCGGAGGCAGGAGCCGGAACCGGAGCGCCCUCGCCGCUGGCCGGGACGCCGCCCUCGCCUGCGCUCGGCUCCCGCGGCCGCCGCGGGACUCCGGGGCCCGGCGCGGCAUGAGGAGGAGGCUGCGCGCUGGCGAGCGCCCAGCUCCUCUGCCCCUAGGGCCCCCGCGGGCCCCGGCGCGUAGCACGCGCUGGCUGCGGCCCCGGCGCCCACGCUAGCCCCGCGCAGGCACGAGACGCCGCGGCCCCGAGGAGGAGGCGGCGCAGGCCUGCCAAGCGCGGGCUGCCCGGACCCUGAGCGCAGGGGCUUCGCGACCUGGACCCCGGCGGGCGCGGGCAGCCGGAGCCGCGGGGGAGCCCGGCGUACUGCAGUCGGCCGGCCCUCUCCGCAGGGGCGCCGCGGCGCGCAGCCCGCACCUCUCCCCACUUAAAGCCCCUCCUCCCGCCGCUACCUGGCGUAUCGAACGCGGGUCCUCGCCCUUUCACGGCCUCCUCGGGUCAUUUGGUCCCCGGGGCCCCCCGCCGUGCGUCCCCUCCCCCCUUCCCGCGCGUCCUCCCACUCUUCCCCUCCCCCGGUUCCCCCGCCUCUCAUUCAUUCCGUCGGCUCCCUCCUCUCUCCUCCUUCCCGCUCUGGCCCCUCUAUCCCAGAUCCUCCCCGCGCGGACCCCGCUGCAGUCUCGGGGUUUUUAGCACAUUCAUGGAAGUUUAGGGCCUGGACGGUGCCCCCAAGUCCGCCUUGAGAGCGCAGCCCGAGCUGCCGGCCGGGAAGAGGAAGAUGUCUGUGCUCAGGCGGAUGAUGCGGGUCUCCAAUCGCUCCCUCCUCGCCUUCAUCUUCUUCUUCUCCCUCUCCUCGUCUUGCCUCUACUUCAUCUAUGUGGCUCCGGGCAUCGCCAACACAUAUCUCUUUAUGGUACAAGCUCGAGGAAUAAUGUUGAGAGAGAAUGUAAAAACAAUAGGACAUAUGAUCAGGCUGUACACAAAUAAAAACACUACACUCAAUGGUACAGAUUAUCCUGAAGGCAAUAAUUCAAGUGAUUAUCUUGUUCAAGCAACAACGUAUCUUCCGGGAAACUUCACAUAUUCGCCAUACCUCCCCUGCCCAGAAAAGCUGCCUUACAUGCGGGGAUUCCUCAAUGUCAAUGUAAGUGAAGUCAGUUUUGAUGAAAUUCAUCACCUCUUCUCCAAGGAUUUAGAUAUUGAACCAGGAGGUCACUGGAGGCCUAAAGACUGUAAACCCAGGUGGAAGGUGGCAGUUCUCAUUCCUUUCCGUAAUCGCCAUGAACAUCUUCCAAUUUUUUUCUUGCAUCUGAUUCCAAUGCUCCAAAAGCAGCGGCUGGAAUUUGCCUUUUAUGUCAUUGAACAGACUGGCACACAGCCUUUUAACCGUGCAAUGCUCUUCAAUGUGGGCUUCAAAGAGGCCAUGAAAGAUAGUGUCUGGGACUGUGUAAUCUUCCACGAUGUGGAUCAUCUACCUGAAAAUGACCGAAACUAUUACGGAUGUGGAGAAAUGCCACGUCACUUUGCAGCCAAGCUGGAUAAAUACAUGUAUAUUCUUCCUUAUAAAGAGUUUUUUGGCGGUGUAAGUGGACUGACAGUGGAACAGUUCAGAAAGAUCAAUGGUUUUCCUAAUGCCUUCUGGGGAUGGGGAGGAGAAGACGAUGACCUCUGGAAUAGGGUUCACUAUGCUGGAUAUAAUGUAACAAGACCAGAGGGUGACCUGGGAAAAUACAAGUCUAUUCCUCAUCACCAUCGAGGUGAAGUCCAGUUCUUAGGACGGUAUAAAUUACUAAGAUACUCAAAAGAGCGCCAGUACAUCGAUGGGUUGAACAAUUUAGUAUAUACGCCAAAAAUACUGGUUGAUAGGUUGUAUACAAAUAUAUCUGUAAACCUCAUGCCAGAGUUAGCUCCAAUUGAAGACUAUUAAAAGAAGUAGCUCUCAUGGCAAGAUAGACCACAAUGCUGGAUCGGGAACUUGGAGUGCACUCUUAAUGGAGGUCAGUGAAUGGAUGUGUCACAGUGCCCUGGGUGGUGAGAAGAAGAGCCUGUGUUCUCAGUGUUUACUUGUGGGAUUGUAUACAGUCAGCCUUCUUCCACCCACCCAUCCUCUGUCCUGAGACACACCCCAUGGUGAGCACUGCAGAGACCAGAUGCUGUUGCAUAAGUCUGGCAGUCAAGAGAGCGCCCUACAAAGAGAAAAUUUUUAUACUAAAAUCUAUAAUUUAAUUCAAGAGAAUGCUUUAUUUCCAUUUAAACAUAUUUUGUACAUAUGUGAUAUAAAUUAAUGUGUUCAAAUUGAGAAACAAGAUGUGUUGGCAGUUUUGCAUGUAAUGGGUUAUGCCUUUAUGGGACUUUUAUAAACAUUUUUUUAUUUGCAUGGAAUAAAACAAUGUAAAUUUAUGUCACUAAACAAAGGUUAACCUUGUGUGAAAUGAAGGAACUGUCAAUAAUUGACAGCCAACUAAUACAGUACACUGUUAUACUAGUUUUGAGCUUUAUACCUUCAGCUUUUUGUGUGGAAGAAGUCACAGCUUCCUUAGGGUUUUAAAGGGUAAGAAGAAAGGACUUAGCUUUUCUUCCUACGGAGGAUUACCUCUUUUUUUUCCCCUUGCUUGCAAUCUCAUCGGAUUUUGCUAAAUCACAACCAUAUUGUUUGUGUAUAUUGCAUGAGUAUUACCAAGAAAAUCUUAAAAGUUAUGAUGUGACAUGAUAUAAAGGACCUCUUUAUGUUAAACAUCUCUCAUGUACCUCUGGUGUAAGUGUCAGGGAUUUUGUGCCUCAAAAAAUGUUCCCAAGGUUGCGUGUGGUUGUACAUUGUAUUUUUUUAAUUCAUAGUGAGCAGCGCUUUUAUUAUUUCCAGUUCAGAAGAGCCAAAAAAAAAACACCUUCAUUUAAAAAAAGCAAAACAGUUUUUUAAAAGAUUGAGUUAUGGAAAACCCAGUAGUACUUAAAAUAUACAAAUGAAUUAUACUAUUAGGUAAGAAAUUAAAUGUUCUAUUUUUAUGAAGAUAAAUGCUUAGUAGAUAAAAACAAAUUUUAAGUUUGAUUAUUAGUCUCAUAGGAUUUCAAGUUUGGAAGGGAUCCUUUUUAAUGUCAGCCAAUUUCAUUCAAACUACAUGUAUUUUUUUUCACUUUUAAGAUAUCACAUGUCUGGUGUUAAUUUCCUCACAAAAGCAUAAAUUAAUAGAAUUAUAUUAAAAUACAUUAUCAGUUAUUUAAAUGCAUUGGUGUUAAUAAGACACUUCCCUAAAAACAGGUUUCUCUACCUGACAUCAAGUAUAUUACUUACUCUUAAAUUUGGAUGGCAUUUUCAUAGCAAAACCAAACAGUAUCCUUACUUUGAAAAUUAUCAAUUAUGGUUAACCAAAGAUUCUUUAAAAUAUCUUAAGAUAUUUUCACAAAUUUAAAACAAAAAAUUAAAUAUCUAUAAAGUGAAUCUUCAACAACAUGAGGAACAAUAGAAAUGGAUUAUUCAUCUAACACAGAAAUAUGGUUAUUUAUCUCUCAGGUUGUAAAUUUAAUUUUGAAGUUGUCAUUUUCUAUGGCAAAUAUUAGUAACACAAAUGACCACAAACCAAAUCAUAAAAUAACUGAAAUUCUUACACUUUGAGAAAACUGAUAGCUCUCUGUUAUGAUACCAAGCAGAAUUUUUCUACAUUUAUUUCUUAGAAAUAUUUCCAAAAUAUUUGUUUUUCAUUUCUUUGCUGGAAACUCAGAAUAAUGAAAAAUCAAACCUUCUGAAAAGCAAGGUAUUUGUUCUUAAAUUGUGUAUCUAUUCACUUUCUGUCUCUCAUAGCCAAUGUAGUUGUUUAAUUUGAUGAAAUGAAAGAAAGUAGGUUGGGAAAGUUAACAUUUGUUGAUCACUAACAAGAUACUAGGGGCAUAGGAGCAUAGUUAACCAAUAAUACUUAAAUAUUUUAGUCAUGGGGGAAAUUAGGGCUGUUUCUGAGUCUUAUUAGGAAAACAUAUUUUUCUCUUGAAUAUGGAGCUGCCCACAUUUUGGAAUCUUCUCAUUUUGAUACACAUUUUUAUAGUUUCAAGAGAACUCCGUUCUACUAGUAUUUGUCUUAUUUUCUUGGAUUAAAUCUAGUAGUAAUUUUUGUUUUAGGAGUGGGCCAUGAAUAUUCUGCUUUUUUCAGUUUUGAAUACGGUGUGUCAUCCUUUGAAAGCCAUCUCAGUAGUUUGCUUUUUGUCUUUUGUUUGUUUUUAUUUUCUUUUUAAGUGCAGACCUCAAAUUGAUUGUUGCCUAUAAAUAGUAACUUUUAUGUUUGCAUAUAAGUGAUAUAGCUUUGCCCAGUUAUCUUCAUUGUAUAAAAAUAACUGUAUUCCAUAAAAAUUAACAAAUACAUUGCAAAUGCAAACUAUCUUUAUAGUUUGGUUGAUUUAUUAGUGAACAUGUAUUGAUUACCUACUCUAUCAGGUGCAAUGCUAGGUACGUCUACAGAAAAAAUAUUCCAUUUCUAAACAAAUCAAGUCAAGCAAGUUGAAACCUUUCUAAAAUUAUGAAAACAUCCUCUGAUAACUUAUGUGUUGUAUUUCUUAGUCUCAAAGUCAAGAAAUGUAUACAUGUGGACAUAGUUAUGAGCUCCCUAUGGCCCUACUGGGAAACUUAUAUAGUGCCUUUCAACUAGAGAAAGUAGUAAUGAUUAAUGGGCCUGUUUGUAGAAAAGAAAAGGAAAAAGUGUACACAUUUGCUGUAACAUUAUGUCUCAUUCACAGUGUAGAUGGUCAUUUAAGUCUUUGCCAAAACUGGGGUUUAAUGAAUAUUUUUUAAGUCUAAUUAUAAAUUUCUGUUUGUAUUUUGUGAAAAGGUGUUCAGUAAGAAAACCUUAUUUGCAAUAUUAUGUAAAUACAAAAAUGUAUUAAAGCUUGCUCAUUCUCCUUUCCCAGCCAAGAUGUUGAUAUCCAUUUUAAAACAAAAUGGGAAAAUAUCCAAUACAAUAUUCUCCUUCUUUUGGAAGCUCUGUACACGUGAAAGCAGACUUUGUGUCAUUUUAUUUGGCCUUUGCUUAUCUCUUUUGUAUUUCGUUGUGUAGUUUUCAGACAAAUACUGGUACUCUAGAUUUAUUAUCUUUUAUUUGCAGAUAUGCCAAUGAGAGAACUAAAAUGGUCAUGGUGUUUAUCAGAAAAAGGAAGUGUACUUAAGAUUAUUUUAUUUAUUAAGAUCUGAAAGGCUUCUAUAUAAAUGCACUGAAAUAAAUGCUAGUAAUUUCUUGUACUCUCAUUUUUUUUCUUUUUUUUUUUUUGCUUCUCAUGGAAAUGUUUGUACUUUUUUAUCAUUGUCUUUUAUGAAAUAUAAUGUUCUAAAGA